AUGGGCGGCAUUUGGGCGUCUAUAAGCGGCAAAAUCAGCCAGAGCGCUGACGGCAAGACCCAGGUGCGUAACCGGGGCGACGGAGAGAUUGUCAUCAACCGAACCGACUCCAAUGGUCUGUUUCAAACCUCGUCUCUCGUGUCUCUCCCUCCAGAUUAUGAAAAGACCCAUGCCAUCCGGACAAGCGGAGAAGAGUCCGAGGAGCCCCCGCGGUUCUCGGAACAGUCGUCCAAACCCCCGUCAUACCAUACCACCCAAAGAUUACUCAAGGCUCGUCAUAUCCAGCUGAUUGGAAUCGGAGGAACGAUUGGAACAGUGCUGUUUGUUCAGAUUGGAGCUGCUCUGGUCAAGGGUGGCCCCGCGUCGCUCUUCCUUGGAUUCACACUCUGGUGUAUACCCAUUCUAAUGAUUACCAUGACCACCGCUGAGAUGGUCACCUACUUGCCCAUUUCGUCUCCCUUCAUCCGAUUUGCAGGAAGAUAUGUCGACGAAUCAUUCGAAGUCAUGGCCGGCUGGAACUUCUUCCUGCUACAAGCCGUGCAAGUGCCCUUUGAAAUCACGGCUGUUAAUAUCAUUCUGCACUUUUGGGUAGACGGAUACUCGGUAGCUAUUCCACUGGUUGUGCAAUGUGUUCUCUACGCCAUCAUCAAUGUCUUUGCUGUCGGACUUUACGGAGAAACCGAGUUCUGGCUGUCUCUGGGUAAACUUCUGCUCGCUGUCGGUGUCAUUCUCUUCACCUUCAUCACCAUGUGCGGAGGAAACCCCCAACAUGACGCCUACGGAUUCCGAUACUGGAACAAUCCCGGCGCCUUUGCCGAGUACAUGGAUACGGGCUCGUGGGGUCGAUUCCUGGGCUUCUUUGCUUGUCUCGUUCAGGCUGCGUUCUCCAUUGCUGGACCCGAAUACGUGUCAAUGGCUGCUGGAGAGGCCGUCAACCCCCGAGUCGUCAUGCCUAAGGCCUACAAGGCUGUGCUUUACCGUCUGUCCUUUUUUUUCAUUCUCGGAGCUCUUGCUGUGGGCAUCAUUGUUCCUUACAACGACCCGGAGCUUCUGGACGCUAUCAACAGUGGAAAGCCUGGCGCUGCUGCUUCCCCCUACGUCAUCGGAAUGCAGCGACUCAACAUCAAGGUGCUUCCCCAUAUCAUGAAUGGUCUGGUGCUCACCUCCGCCUUCUCCGCAGGAAACUCGUUCACCUACUGUGCCAGUCGAACUCUCUAUGGUCUCGCUCUCGAGGGCUAUGCUCCCCGAAUCUUUGCCAAGUGCACCAAACAAGGCGUGCCCAUCUUUGCCGUCAUUGUCGUGCUCUGUUUCGGGCUGCUGUCGUUCCUGCAACUCGGAAACACUGCCCAAGUCGUGCUCAACUGGCUGGUCAACAUUGUUACCGCCUCCCAGCUCAUCAACUUUUGCAUUUUGUGCUCCACCUACCUGCGUUUCUUCUACGGGCUGCGGGCCCAGGGCAUUUCGCGAGAUUCGCUGCCGUUCAAGUCCUUCUGGCAGCCCGGAUGUGCAUGGGUGGGUCUCACCUGCGCAGGCGUCAUGUUGCUGUUGUCUGGCUGGACCGUUUUCGUCAACGGCCACUGGUCCACAGCCACCUUCCUCUUCUCGUACAUCAUGAUCCCUAUUGACGUGGUCAUCUUUAUCGCCUGGAAGCUCAUCAAGCGAACCAAGUUCAAGAAGUUGACGGAAAUCGACUUCCUGACCGGCAAGAAGGAAAUUGACGAGUACACCGAAGAUUAUACAGAGGUCCCUCCCACCAACAUUUUCCAGAAAAUCGGCCGGUGGCUCUUCUAA